GAGUUUAAACCCUUAUUGAGGUUCCGCUUCUUAAACCUCUAAAACCCCCCAAACACUCUCUACUCCCCGCUGCCGGUAUCGCUCUGCAAACAUGGCACCGUCGUCCAAGAAACCUCAGGGAGGGAAUAACAAGAACCCCAGAGACGCUCCAAAGUUCAACAAAUCCUCUAAAAAACCUUUCAAACCAAACAAGGAUCACAACAACGCCGCCAUGGCUUUGCAGCUCGAAGACGACGUCCCUGACUUCCCCAGAGGUGGAGGGAGCUCAUUGAAUCGAAAAGAACGCGACGAAAUUCGGGCCGAAGUUGAUGCCGAAUUCGAGGCAGAGGAGAGGGAGAUGAAGAAGAAAGGGAAGAAGAAAAGGGUGCCGAAGGAGAGCCUUGUAAACGAGGACGAGAUGGGCUCGCUUUUCGGAGAUGGCAUCACUGGAAAACUACCUAGAUAUGCAAACAAGAUCACUUUGAAGAAUAUAUCUCCUGGGAUGAAGGUUUGGGGAGUUGUUGCCGAAGUCAAUGAAAAGGACCUUGUAAUUAGUCUUCCAGGGGGUUUGCGUGGACUAGUUCGAGCGUCUGAUGCUUUUGAUCCUAUUCUGGAUGAUGAAACUGAGGCUUUAGCAGAUAGUAUCCUCCCUAGCAUAUUCCGGAUAGGGCAGCUGGUAUCUUGCAUUGUGUUGCAAUUGGAUGAGGAUAAGAAAGAGAAAGGGAAACGGAAGAUCUGGCUUUCUUUGCGCCUCUCUUUGUUGCAUAAAGGCUUCACUUUGGAUUCUGUUCAAGAAGGCAUGGUCCUUACAGCCUAUAUUAAAAGCAUCGAAGACCAUGGUUACAUUCUUCAUUUUGGUUUAUCUUCAUUCACAGGGUUUUUGCCAAAAAAUAGCCAAGCUGACAGCAUGGUUCAAGUGAGCAGUGGUCAACUGCUUCAAGCUGCUGUUAGAAGAGUUGAUAAAACCCGCAAGGUUAUUCAUAUGAGUUCUGACCCAGAGAUGGUGUCGAAGUGUGUGACCAAAGAUCUCAAGGGAAUUUCAAUUGAUCUACUUGUUCCGGGGAUGAUGGUCAAUGCUCGUGUGCUAUCCACCCUUGAAAAUGGGGUUAUGUUAUCAUUUCUUACUUAUUUUACUGGAACUGUUGAUAUAUUUCAUCUGCAAAAUAUUUACCCUACUACAAACUGGAAGGAAGAUUACAAUCAAAACAAGAAGCUCAAUGCUCGAGUAUUAUUUGUCGAUCCUUCAACUAGAGCUGUUGGUUUGACGCUAAAUCCACAUCUUGUUCGCAACAAGGCUCCUCCUUCACAUGUCAAAAUUGGAGAUAUAUGUGACGAUGCAAAGGUAGUGAGGGUUGAUAGAGGAUUGGGCCUUCUGCUUGAAAUACCAUCUACUCAAGUUUCAACUCCGGCAUACGUUAGUAUAUCUGAUGUGGCUGAAGAAGUUCGGAAGCUUGAAAAGAAGUUCAAGGAAGGUACUCGUGUUCGUGUCAGGAUUCUUGGGUUUAGGCACUUGGAAGGGCUUGCCACAGGGAUUUUGAAGGCAAGUGCAUUUGAAGGGUCAGUUUUCACUCACUCUGAUGUCAAACCUGGGAUGGUUGUGAGAGGUAAAAUAAUAGCUGUUGACAGCUUUGGGGCUAUCGUGCAAUUCCCUGGUGGUGUGAAGGCUCUUUGUCCUCUUACUCAUAUGUCUGAAUUUGAAAUUGCAAAGCCCAGAAAAAAAUUUAAGGUUGGGGCUGAACUUCUGUUCCGUGUGCUUGGUUGCAAGUCCAAGAGAAUAACUGUUACACACAAGAAAACACUUGUAAAGUCAAAACUGGGGAUUCUUAGUUCAUAUGCUGAUGCUGCUGAUGGAUUAAUAACACAUGGGUGGAUAAGAAAGAUUGAAGAGCGUGGCUGCUUUGUCCAUUUUUACAAUGGAGUCCAAGGAUUUGCCCCAAGAUCUGAACUCGGAUUGGAGCCAGGAUCUGACCCAAGUUCAAUGUAUCAUGUUGGACAAGUUAUCAAAUGUAGAGUUAUCGGCUCUAAUGCUACAUCAAGACGAAUCAAACUUAGCUUGAUAAUACGGCCUCCAAGGGUUUCUGAGGAUGAUAUGGCGAAGUUGGGCAGCCUGGUUUCAGGAGUUGUUGACCGGGUAACCCCCAAUGCUGUCAUGGUUUAUGUUAAUGCAAAAGGUUACUCAAUGGGCACAAUUUUUACAGACCACUUGGCAGAUCACCAUGGGCUGGCUGCUUUGAUGAAGUCAGUAUUGAAGCCUGGUUAUGAAUUUGAUCAAUUAUUGGUUUUAGACACUGAAGGCAACAAUUUGAUCCUAUCUGCAAAACAUUCUCUGAUUAAUUCAGCUCCCAUGCUUCCUUCAGAAGUCAGUCAAGUUCAUCCUAAUACGGUAGUACAUGGCUACAUUUGUAACUUAAUUGACACUGGGUGCUUUGUUCGCUUUCUUGGGCGUGUGACUGGUUUCUCCCCAAGGCACAAGGCAAUGGAUGACCAUAAAGGGGAUCUUUCAGAAGCCUAUUACAUUGGACAGUCUGUUCGGAGUACUAUACUCGAUGUCAAUAGUGAAACAGGUAGGAUAACACUAUCAUUGAAGCAGUCAUCUUGCUCUUCAACAGAUGCCUCCUUUAUCCGGGAAUACUUUAUUUCAGAGGAGAAGAUUGCAAAGCUGCAAGUGUUGGAUUCAAAAGAAUCCAAAUCAGAUUGGUCAGAAGGAUUUUCCAUUGGCAGUGUUGUUGAAGGGAAGGUCCAGGAGGCAAAGGACAUUGGAGUUGUUGUCAGCUUUGAGAAAUAUAAUGAUGUUUUCGGUUUCAUCACGCACUAUCAAUUAGCUGGUACCACUGUAGAAACAGGCUCCAUUGUUCGAGCAGUUGUACUUGAUGUUGCCAAGGCAGAGCACCUUGUUGACUUAUCGCUCAAACCAGAAUUCAUUACUAACUUAAAACAAGAAAGCUCUAAGAGCCAAAUUCAUAUGAAGAAACGAAGAAGAGAAGUCUCGGAUGAUCCGGAGAUGCAUGAGACCGUAAAUGCUGUGGUUGAGAUUGUGAAGGAGAAUUACCUGGUUCUUUCUAUCCCAAAGUAUAACUAUGCUGUAGGAUAUGCAUCAAUUUCUGACUACAACACUCAAAAGUUUCCUCAGAAACAGUUUCUGAAUGGACAAAGUGUCAAUGCUACUGUUAUGGCCCUUCCAAGCCCUACAACCGUUGGGAGAUUGCUUUUGCUACUUAAUUCUUUGAGUGAGUCCGCUGAUACUUCCAGUUCAAAGCGGGCAAAGAAGAAAUCCAGCUACAAAGUGGGAUCUGUGGUCCAGGCAGAGAUAACUGAAAUAAAGCCUCUUGAACUAAGAUUGAAGUUUGGAAUCGGCUUUCAUGGACGGGUCCGUAUAACAGAGGUAAAUGAUGAUCUUUUGGAAGAUCCAUUUAACAACUUCAGAAUUGGGCAAACAGUCACUGCAAGGAUUGUUGCAAAGACUAAUUAUUCAGAUAACAACAAAAAGAGUUUCCAGUGGGAUCUGUCAUUGAAACCUAGUUUGUUAACAGGUUCCUGUGAAAUAGAGGAAAAUAUUUUGAAAGGAGAUCUCGAUUUCUCAAUUGGAAAACAUGUCACUGGCUAUGUGUACAAGGUGGAUGCUGAAUGGGUCUGGUUAACAAUAUCUCGAAAUGUUAGGGCUCAGCUUUUCAUUCUUGACAGCGCUUGUGAGCCUAGUGAACUUCAAGAGUUUCAGAAACGCUUUCAUGUGGGAAAUGCUGUAUCUGGUCAUGUUUUAAGUGUUAGCAAGGAGAAAAAGCUAUUACGGCUGGUUUCAUAUCCUUUUACUCCCGUCGCUGAUAAAGCUGUUGAUAAUGAGGUGUCAAAGACGGAUGCAAAUGUUAGCAUGUUGAAUGCAACUGCUCAUAUUCGCGAGGGAUGUGUUGUAGGUGGGAGAAUUAUUAAAAAACUUCCAGGUGUUGGUGGAUUGACUGUGCAAAUUGGUCCCCAUAUGUAUGGCAGGGUUCAUUAUAGUGAGCUUUCUGACUCAUGGGUGUCCAACCCAUUGUCUGGAUAUGAGGAAGGUCAAUUUGUCAAAUGCAAGGUCGUUGAAUUUAGUCGCUCUGGACAGGGAACUUUUCACAUUGACUUGUCAUUACGGUCUUCUUUAGUUGGCACACUUUGUCAAGAUUCCAAUGAACCUGACAAUGACAAGCAUACUCAUACCGAACGGCCGGAAAAGAUUGACAAUCUGAAACCUAAUAUGGUCAUACAGGGUUAUGUGAAAAAUGUUUCAUCAAAAGGAUGUUUUAUUUUGCUUUCGCGGAAGCUUGAUGCCAAAAUUCUCGUCUCCAAUUUAUCCGAUGGAUAUGUUGAUGAUCCUGAAAAGGAAUUCCCAGUUGGAAAACUUGUUACUGGCAGGGUGUCAUCUGUGGAGCCUUUAUCAAAGAGAGUUGAAGUUACCUUGAAGUCACUGAGUGCAAGCAGUUUGCCACAAUCUGCAAGGAAUAAUUUGGAUAGCUUGCAUGUCGGAGAUAUUAUCUCUGGCAGGGUAAAACGAGUUGAGUCAUAUGGAUUAUUCAUCACAAUUGACAAUACAAAUGUGGUUGGAUUAUGCCACAUGUCAGAGCUUGCAGAAGAUAAGAAGGACAAUGUUGAAACUAAAUACAAAACAGGAGAGAGGGUGUCAGCAAAAAUAUUGAAGGUGGACAAGGAGAGGCACCGAGUUUCUCUCGGAAUGAAGGAUUUGUAUAUUAUGGAUAGCGACCACACACCUCCAAAACAAGAUCUUGAUGAACCUAUCAGACAGACUGAUUUGGUGGAUGAUUCUAAGUCAGUUAUGUGUCCUGUUGGCAGUUUCCUUGGGGACCAGAACAUGGAUAUUGAACAUGAAAAUGCAGAGUUCCAGUUUCUUGCACAAGCAGAAUCAAGAGCUUUAGUUCCUCCACUUGAAGUCACUCUUGAUGAUGUAGACCAAUGCGAUGAUAUUGUUAGCCAGGAUCAAGAGCUUCCUGAUGCGGAGGACGCUGUAGAUGACAAGAAAAAGAAGCUCACGAAGAAAAAAGCCAGGGAUGAGAGGGAGCGUGAGAUAAGGGCUGCUGAGGAAAGAUUAUUGGAGAAAGAUAUACCUAGGACUGAUGAGGAAUUUGAGAAACUAGUUAGAAGUUCUCCAAAUAACAGUUAUGUUUGGAUAAAAUAUAUGGAAUUUGUGCUCUCUAUGGCUGAUGUUGAGAAGGCACGCUCUAUUGCUAAAAGGGCUUUGGAGACGAUAAACUUUCGAGAAGAGAACGAGAAGCUCAAUGUUUGGGUGGCUUAUUUUAAUUUGGAAAGCAAAUAUGGAAGUCCUCCAGAGGAGGCUGUAAUGAAAGUCUUCCAAAAAGCGUUGCAGUAUAAUGAUCCCAAAAAGGUUCAUCUAGCACUCUUGGGAGUCUUUGAGAGGUCUGAGCAACACAAGUUGGCUGAUGAACUUGCUGAUAAUAUGAUUAAGAGGUUUAAGAAGUCUUGCAAGGUUUGGCUAAGGCGGGUACAGAGGUUCUUGGUGCAACAGCAGGAUGGGGUUCAGGAUUUUGUCUCUCGUGCUGAAAAGAUCCUUCCUAAGCAUAAGCAUAUCAAAUUCUUGUCACAGACAGCCAUCCUGGAGUUCAAAUGUGGGAACCCAGAGAGAGGGCGCUCCAUGUUUGAAAAUAUUUUGAGGCAAAACCCGAAGAGAACAGACUUGUGGAGUGUUUAUCUUGAUCAAGAAAUUCGACUUGGAGAUACUGAUCUGAUUCAUGCAUUGUUUGAGAGGGCAACUAGUUUGAGCCUACCAGCUAAAAAGAUGAAAUUCUUGUUCAAAAAAUAUCUGAAAUAUGAGGAGCGUCACGGUGACAAAGAGAGGGCCAAUUACGUGAAACAGAAGGCAAUGAGUUAUGUUGAGAAUACAGUAGCUUGACAUCACUUGUUCUUCUCAUAAGAACAGAAUAUUUGUUCAGAUUGCUAACCAGUUAGCUGCUAGCCUUGUACGAGAGAGACCCUAUGGCCAAUUUAUCACCACCAUGAUCACUAUGAUUGGUUGACCACACUUACAAUUCUUCUUCAGGGAAAUGCUUGUCAAACUGUAAAUGGUACCUUGUAAUGAAAUGGAUUCAGAAAUAGCUGCAAUGAUGAAGAGAGUUUGAGGUGGGAUACCCGAAGGGUUAUGGGAUUGAAGAUUUAUAUAGGAUGGAUUAUUAGCCGCCAGAAGUAACACUUAUAUAGGAUGGAUUGGCUCUGAUUUAUUAAUUUGUUGUCUUGGAAGAGAAUUGGACAUUUUCAACGCGGUGGUGAAAUUCGGCCCUUUUUGUAUCCUUGAGUUUUGUAAGAUGUUACAUAAUCUGUUAUGAAUUUUGUAGUUGAGAGUAAAUUGUAUUGGAAAGCUUCAGUCAAUUGUCUGAGAA